CAAAACCCCAAUGGCAGCCUCAUAAGCCCCAUAAGCCAGCUAUUAGAGUCCAGAGUACAGAGCUGAAGAGAUGCCUUCAAACAGCAUUCACAUGGUGUCCCCAGCUCUCCAGCAUGUCUUCCUGUGUGUCGUCAUGGUCACGCUGCUCCUGGUCCCCUGGGUGUCCCCCUACUGCCCAUCCAGCUGUGCCUGUAAUGACGAGGGGGCGGUGUCGUGCACUGGCCCCCUGACGGAGAUCCCACAACCCCUGGAGCUGCACACCUACCUGCUGGUGAUGAAGCAGACCAACAUGGCCGUGCUGCGAGAGGGAGUGCUGCAGCCACUCUACCUCCUGCUGCGGCUUAUGAUCAGCGGUAGCCUGCUAGACACCAUCGAACCAGAGGCCUUCAACAUGUCUCCUCAGCUGCUGUCCAUCAAGUUGUCUGGUAAUCGCCUCUCCACGUUCCCGCUUGGCGUGUUCCGGAACCUUCCCAACCUGGAGCAGCUCCACCUGGACGGCAACCAGAUCUCCAUGGUGCCGCCGGAACUCUUCGAGGGGCUGGGGAACCUGACAGAGCUGGACCUGACCAUGAACCAAAUCUCACACCUGCAGGCUGACGCCUUCAAGAAUCUGCACCGGCUGCGCUUCUUAAACCUGGGCAAGAACUCUCUGCAGCAGCUUCCCCCGACGCUGUUCCACACACUGCCCUUCCUCCAGUUCCUCAUCCUCUACAACAACAAGCUCACGUCUCUCCCCACCGGUGCCUUCGACCACCUCCCCAACCUGCUCCACCUGAAGCUCCACAACAACCUGCUGGCCAGCAUCCCGCCACACCUCUUCAGACACCUGCCGUACCUGCAGGAACUCACGCUGUCCUCCAACCAGCUGCGCACCUUACCUGAAGAGCUCCUCUAUGGCCUGCCGCACAUGACCAAGCUGACGCUGUUUAAGAACCCUUUUGAGUUCCUGCCGGAGCGCCUGGUUGGCCACAUGCCGCUAGUGCGGGACCAGUUCCUGUACGACACGCAGCUCAGCACAGUGCCAUGGAACCUGUUCGCCAACAUGACGGGACUGGAUAGGCUCAACUUGAACCUGAACGAGCACCUGAGUACACUGCCCGACGGCUUCUUCUGCUGCAACCGCAACCUCACCAAGCUCUCUCUGCGCUCCAACGCGCUGCGCAACCUGCCCCCUCGGCUCUUCAGCCAGCUGCCCAACCUCCAGACGCUGCAGCUCCUGAGGAACCGGCUUGGGUCUCUACCGGACGGCAUCUUCCAUGACCUGAGGAGCAUAGAGGAGAUUGAGUUGAACGGAAACGAAUUGCAGACGUUGCCUGGCGACGUGUUUGCCACCGCAAGCUCGGCUCUCCGCAAAGUCACCCUUUCUGAGAACCCGUGGAACUGUGAGUGUAUCAUCAUGCCUUUCGCAGCGUGGGUCAGGGGCAACGUGGCGCUGGUGGAGGACGAAGCAGCGGUGGUGUGCCAGGAGCCUUCACGACUCCAGAACGUCACUCUUGCAACUCUAACCCAUCCUCUAUGCCAGCCGCCCACCACACCAGUUAUGACUACGACCCCAGAGCAGACGACAGGAGCCACCACAGCAGCUAUCACCACAACUCCUAAUUGGGCGUCCACUGCUGAGCCUCAAUCCACAACUCCUGAAUGGACAACUGUUGUUACGACUCCAGCAACGACAUCGAAGCUCACGACACAAAGGCAAACGACACCGAAGCUUUCGACACCAAAGCUCACGACAUCGUCAGCCCAUACGACUACUCCUUCUGCUGCGCCUACCACAACCUCCACUCUGCCUGUAACUACGACAGCAGCAGUGACAACACCUGUUCCCACCUCCUCCUCUACCACCCCCACCCCCAUCACCACAGACGCUGCUCCAGUGACCAGCCCUGCUGAGAUCUUCUCCCACGUGCUGGUGGUGCUUGACGAUGGGCCAGAGAUCGUCCACUACAACCGCCGCGGCGACUGGGUGUACCUGUGGACAGUGCCCCCUAGCGGCCCUUAUGGCGACUUCCUGAUGACCCUGUAUGUAAUGUCACUGGUGGUGGGCGUGGCUCUAUUGCUCGGAGGCAUGUGCCAGUUCUACCGCCUGAGCCGGGCCAUGCAGACGCUGGCGGCACAGAGUGGAGCUGAGGCUGAAGCACUAUGGAGGAGAUGAGGAGAUGAGGAGAUGAGGAGGAGAUGAGGAGAUGAGGAGAUGAUGAGGAGAUGGGCAGGAGAUGAGGAGAUGAAAUGAGAAAAUGGAGAGGAGAUGAUGAGGAGAUGAG